GGAUGAAUCGGUUUGGACGAAUCGGUUUGGACGGUUUGGUUUGGCGAAAAGUCACGGCACGUCAUAUAGUACACCACCACAGUCCAAUCAAUCAAGCACCUCCACUUUCGACUUUCCCCCGCCGCCACUGUUAGCUACCACCAUCACUACUACCGGCACCACCCCACCAGCACCACCACCAGCACUCCGCUCACCAUCACCACGACAAUGUUCCCCACCGCCCUACUUCUCGCUGGGAAGCCCCGAGAGUCUCAGCGCUCAUACUACAAGCCGGAUUCCCGACAAGGGCAGUCGAUCGUGCGCGCCCGCCGUCCGUUCGUCGUCAAGAAUGCCGUGACCGGAUUGGCCAUCGUAGGCUUCACGGCCGCCGUGUACAUCUACACCAUCAAGGCGGUCGCCCAAGACAACUUCGAGGACGUGCCGAUACCGGAUGCGCCAGUGCAGGGCGGCAUCUCCCCGAACGCUUCCACAAUCCAGAGCGGACCGCUGGCGAAGUAGCUGGGUCAAUCUGGAGCUGCUGCCCGUUGUGAUCGUGUAUCAUCACGGGGAGAAUGAAUAACUGAGGAAUAAAAAUGGCGUGACGCGGAUGAGGAUGGGUUUUGUACAAUAAUGUGUAUAGGUAGAUGGGUUGGUACUGGUGUUUUAUUGGCUAUUUAUUGGUCUGCUAGAAUGGAAACUCUUCGCUCUUGAUGUGACUGUG